CGCAUGUCGUCGCAAGGGAGGGAGGGGAAGGCGCCAGGCAGCAUGCUGCUGCUGCUGCUGCUGUCCUGCUCCGCUCCUCCUGCUCCCUUCGUGACCUCAGCAUCUAGUGGACUGAGAUUUGUCUCCUCCUCCUCCUCCCUUCAUCUCCUUCCUGCAGUGUUGAAGCAUACUGGUCGCAUCACCCUAGAGCAAACUUUGAGGCUGCGAGGAGGGGACAGCAACGAUUGCAAUGAGUUUGGCGGGUAUCAAGUGCUGAACAAUGAGAUGAGAGAGAGCUUCGAUACAGUGAUGAAGCGAAGGUUCGUGUUCAUGCAGUCAUUUCUCAUCCAUGGAGGAGUUUCUGGGCUCUUCGAUUACGGACCGAUAGGUUGCUCCAUCAAGAACAACAUCGUCGACGCAUGGAGAAAGUUCUUUGUGGUGAGCGAUGGGAUGCUCGAGGUCGCGUGUCCGUCAAUCACCCCUCAUCGAGUGCUGGAGGCGUCAGGGCAUGUCAAGAGAUUCACAGACCUGAUGGUUAGAGACGAGACGAGCGGAGAAUGUUUCCGAGCGGACAAGCUGAUCGAAGAGUUCUGCGAUGUGGACCUGAUGAAAGAUGCAAAGCAUUCGAAUGAAACCAGACGUGAAAUGAUGAUGAGUUUGAAAGCAAGAGCAGGCAGUAUGACGAUAGAGCAAGUUGAGGAUGCGAUAUCAACUUUCAACAUCACAUCACUCAGCACUGGAGCAAAGCUCUCAAAGCCGUUGCCUUUCAAUCUCAUGUUCAAGAGCACCAUCGGACCCUCGUCUGGGUCGUCUGUCUUCCUUCGACCGGAAACCGCACAGGGAAUCUUCACCAACUUCAAGAGACUUCUUGAGUUCAACGGCGGAAAGCUACCGAUGACUAUUGCUCAGAUCGGAAAAUCAUUUAGAAACGAGAUUGCGCCGAAGCAAGGGCUGCUAAGACAACGUGAGUUUGAAAUGGCUGAGAUCGAGCAUUUCCUUGCCAACGGAGAAACCGGACAUGUCGAGUUCUGCAAGAUGGCAGACGUGGAGGUCUGUCUUUUCUCUAGGACGGCGCAGGAGAGAGGAGAAGCUGAGAGUUGGACUACACUCGGGCAAGCAGUGGAGGAUGGAAUCAUCGUCAACCAGGCUCUGGCCUACUUCCUUGGUAAGACGCAAAAGUUUCUCCGGCAAUGUGGAAUCAAGGCCAUUCGAUUCCGGCAGCACCGGGCAACAGAGAUGGCGCAUUACGCGCAAGACUGCUGGGACGCGGAGGUUCUCUGCUCCUACGGCUGGGUGGAGGUAGUGGGGCAUGCAGAUCGAGCGUGUUUCGACCUCCAGAUGCACUCGGAGGCGACGGACGUGCCGCUCGUGGCGUGGGAGCAGCACCAGGAACCGCGCGAGAGACGAGUCGUGCAGGCCACGAUUGACCGGGCUUUGAUUGGCAAGGCGUUUCGAGCUCGCAGCAAGCUCGUGGUCGAGGCGCUUGAAAAGUUUGCAGAGAAGGAGGGGGAAGAGGCGCUUGCCUUUCAGAAGGGGAAGGAGGAAGGAGCACCAGAAGCGCUCAAGUUGCGAGUAGAAGAGGAGGAGCUCGAAAUCCCAGCUGCAUGCGUUUCCUUCAAAGAGACGAUCGUUCGCGAGCAUGGAGCCUUCUAUUAUCCCCGGGUCGUCGAGCCUUCCUUUGGACUUGACCGUUUGUUCUACUGCUCCCUUGAGCAUGCGUUCUACGUGCGAGGCAACGAUCAUGAGAGAACGGUGCUGGGUCUUCCUGUCUCCAUCGCUCCCUUCCAGUGUUGCAUGCUGGGGCUCUCUUCCAACGAUCAGCUCAUGCCAAUAGUGUACGAGAUACACGAGGAGAUGAGGAAAAUGGGCGUCAAUUGCCGUCUUGAUGACUCUGCUGCGAAUAUCGGCAAGCGAUACGCUCGCAUGGACGAGAUUGGAGUUCCUUUUGCAGUGACGGUCGACUUUCAGUCUUGUCAGGAUGGAACUGUCACGCUACGGGAGCGCGACAGCAUGGAGCAGGUCAGGGUGCCCAAGGAGGAGGUUCCACAGCUUGUCCGCUCGCUGUGUGAGGCUCGAGAGUCUCCCGAUGUCAGCUGGGCGGCAGCUAAGGAGCGGUACCCUAGCGUUUAGAGGGCUCAGCUCAAGUUCAGCUGGGGUAUAUUACAAGUUUGCUCUCC